CCCUCAGCGACCCAAGAUGCCCUCAACUGCACUUUGCGCCGCGUCCAGUUUCGCAUCCCCAUUCCGCCAUUUUCGCGCUUCUGAGGCCGGAAAGCCCCUCGCCCAAGUCAGCGCAUCCGAAUCGGCCCAGUUUCGGGAGUCUUGCGGCCCUCCGGAGGGGGUCUCUUGGGGGUGCCAAUUGACGUCGUUUCUCUGCAUGCUCGCCGUCCAUGGGAGCAGAUGCAGGUACAGCGCGUGGGCAAUGGCGAUGCGGCUCUCAAAAGCUUGUCGUCCCUCCCCGCCUCCGUCCCUCCUUUGUUCGUAGGGCUGUCUGCUGUGGGGAACCACCCAGCGCACGUCCCCCAUUCUCCCUCACUCACUCUCUCUGUCAAGUCCUUCUUCUCUCUUGCUGCCUGUUGUCUUGUCACAUCUUUUCUUUUCUUUUUUCUUUUUUUUUUACUGAAUGGACUCCAUCCCUGAUCUCAUCUGGUCACCUUGUGUCUGCAUCUUGGGUCUGUGUUCAUGCCCUCUACAUUUGCCCUACUCACUCGGCAUCAUACACACUCUAUCAUCGUUCCCGGCUUUGCGCUCUUCGGCAUCUGCCGCAUGGUGCUGUGCAGUUCACCGCAUACGCGUACCGUGAGUGA